AUGGAAAGAGAACCUUUUUUGAAGGUUUUUAGUAAUAAGUUUUUAAGAAACAAGAUCUUUAAUCACAUAUCAGAUUUUAAUAGAGAUUUAUUUUAUCUUUCAUACGACUUCUAUAGCUUUCCUUUAGAGAUAAUAAUAUUCAAUAAUAAUACCCAAAUAUUUUUAGAAAAACUUAAUCUCCAUAAAAAAUAUUUUGGUAAUAAUUACAAUGAUAUCAUAAAUGAUAGUAAUAACAAUAAUAACAAAUAUAAUAAAAUCUAUAAAUACUAUUUCGAAAUUCAAGAAAAUCAAAUUCAAAACCUAAUAGAAUGGAAAAAAUUAGACAAACAACUUACAGAACUAUUAUUCGAGCUAUAUCCGAACCUGUUGGAUAAUAUCAAGCAAAAAAAACUAGUCCAAAUGAUAAUUAACUCAAAUUUACAUGUAUCAGCAUAUAUUUUAGAAAAAUAUCCAACUGUUGUUAAAAAUUUAACAAAAGAAAAUGUGGAUGCAAUCUUUGAAAAUGGAAAUUUAAAAUUAAUUGAAAUACUCCUGAAGAAUAGUAACUUUCCAUACGACCUACUCUAUUUAUUUUCAACAAUAGAUAAAAUUAAACUCAAAUAUGAAACAUAUUCAAAUAAAGAAAUUAUUCAAUUUUACAACAUGCUUAAAAAAGCUUUUCCAUCACUUACAGGUUUUAGAACUAAAUGUUUUCAAGAUUGUACAAGUAAUAAAAUGAAUAUUAAUCUAGAACUAUCUAAAUUUUUAGUUAAUGAAUGGCCAAUGAAUAUUCAAGUGGAUAAAUAUAAUAGAGAAAUUAUUAAACUAACGUUACCAAAGCUAUACGAACCCUAUAAUGAAAACGAUUGUGAUAAUAGUGAGCAUACCAAUUUUAUGGGAUACAAAAUCAGUAAUGAGCUAAUUGCUAAGAAUGGCCAUGAUAUGUAUCGACCAACUUUAGAAGGACCAAUGAAAAUGAUGUUUCCAUUUAUUAAAAUAAACACUCUACCAUUAUUCACCUCAAAAGUCCCAACGCUCGAAUAUGCUGAAUUUUUAUUAUUAAAUAACCAUCCAACUGACAAACUUUUGUUUUCUCAAGAUUGUUUAAAAGAUGAUUUAUCAAAUGCACAUUUAUUUGAAUCAAAAAACAUAUGUUGGAGUUUAGACUUAACUCACUAUUAUUUCCCAAAUACAAGAAAGUUCAAUUAUUUUAAAAACAAAAGAGUUUUUCAGUCAAUGAAUGAUAAUAUUAGAUACAAUGGCAAACUGGAUAACGAUUUAGAAUUUACCAAACAAUUUUCAAGGUUCACUUUUAAAACAAUUAAAGAUGCAGUUAUAGAUACCCAAUUGGAAAUUGUAAAAUAUAUUUUAUCUCAAAAUAAACUCGACUUCGAGCAACUAUUUGAACUAUUUGCUCUUACAAAUUACGAACCUAUGAGAGAUUUAAUAUAUUUAAAUGCCACCCAAACAUCAGGCUUUACAUUUUCAAAUAUAUACAACCUCGCUUUAAAUAGGAAAUCACCAAACUAUUACAACAAUGAAAAUAGAAAAGCAUUAAUAAAAAGAAUAUUAAAGGCCCCAAACCUAAUAGGUAACUAUAAGAAAUUAUUCGAAAAUUAUGACUAUCCGAUUUUCUCUUUUUUACAGAUCGGUAUUAACCUCUCAAUUGGAGGAUUUAACAAAAUGAAAUGGACAAUACAAUGUAUAGAUAAAGCAAAAACAUUUGAACUUAGCAAACAUACAAAACCAUAUUGGAAACCUCUGAAAGAUCAUCAGCCCCAUCUAUUAAAUUUUUUUUAUGAUGCUAUUAAAAAGAAAAAUAAUUACAAAAUAUUGCUCUAUAUGGUGGAACAUAAUUUUAUUCACCAUCUUGAUAUAAAUUAUAUUUUAGAACUAUCGGUCAAAUAUUCAAACAAAUCCCUAUUAGAUCUAUUCACUUUAAAUGGUGCUUUUAAAAAUCAUCAAGAUUUACUAUUUGGUAACAUCCAACAACAACAAAUAGACUUGGGUAUAGAAAUUUUACCAAAAUUAAACUAUUCAAACUACCAAUUUAUAGUCAAUAAUAUUUUUUUAAAUUGGUCAAAAAAAAAAUUGGGUCUAUUGGGUUUUUUCAAAAAAAAUUUUAAAAUCGAGAAUAAUGAACAAUAUUUAAAUCUAUUGUCUAAUAAUAAUAAUAAUAAUAAUAAUAAUGAUUUUGAUUAUUACAAAUAA